AUAAGCACGUCUUGUUAGACCCAGCUGGGUACUACAAAUACAUCGUGUUCUGGAAGGCUGUGUAAUAUUCCUGAAAAUAUCAAAAGAACAAUAAAAAGCGACGAGUCAGAAAGAUUGCCACUCUCCAUUUGUGUCAAUCCCAUGGGAGUGGAGAUUUGACAUGCUCAGACAAGAUAAAAUAGGAGAUACUCUUGACAUGCUUAGAUAGACAAAAAGAGAGAAUCAUUUCGGAUGGAUCUAUAAGCCAGAAAUGUUCAGAAGAGUUUAGAAGAGUAGUGAUAUUCCUGGACACCACUGGUUGUCCUGGAUUUACAUAGCAUCAAGGAUGCGUGGAAUGGAACUACUAGUAUAUUUUCUUCUCGUCUGGCUUUUGUUCGUGUCAUCCAAUGCUAAAUCUUACAGUCGGUCUCAGUGUUUUGUCCAGUCUGGCGGGGACGGAGAUAUGGAAGGUGACGACACAGACGCAGAUGACGCAGAAAACACACGAGAUGGCUUUCUUGAUGGCGGUGGACAACGCCCGGGUGCUGCGGAUGUUGAAGGUGGGAGUCGCACGCGGAAUACCGGAAGAGUCGAUUACAGAGGGGAGGAGGAGGAAGAUGAAGCAGACGACGAAGGCGAGGAAGAGGAGAUCGAAUACGAAGAUCGAAAGAAACGUUCGUCGUUCGCGUUUAGCGAUUCCAACCGACCAUCUUCGCCUUCAAACAUCACCGGGAAACUGGUCUGCAGGAGCAGCGCCAGGGAGAUGAUCCACGUCACCAAGGUGGUCGUCGGCGUGUCCACUACUGGGUGGUGUCGCCGUAGCGGCGGCCGCUGCACGGACGUGGUGGCCGAUCACCCCGUGAUGUUCUUGUGCGAGGGCGAGGACGAAUCGUGCGACAUCCUGGUGGAGAGGAUCCGACUCCCUGGCUGCAGGAGACUCAUCAACUUCGUUACAGUCGAGUACGAAUGUCUGCCAGACGAUUCUAGACUGGAUAUCUGUCACUUUGCCGAAGCAGGAAGGGACGACUCUGUCGUAGUUACCUCCCCUGCAUACCCAUGGGUGCCACUGAUGCAUGAUGGAGAAUACCUCACGUGUGAGUGUGAAAUAUCGACAGACGACAGGUCGGUGAUUACCAUGGAGUACAUUCAGAGUGAGAUGUCUGGCGAACUUCUCGCCUGCGACGAUGAAUUCUUAUUGGUUGAGAAAAGAGACCCUCGAAACAAACGAAAGUUCAAGGUCGAAGACGAGAUCUGUGGAUCAGUUCGCAGAGGAAGCCACUCAUUGGAUGACAGUCUUAUUCGACUGACGUAUAUGGCGGGAAAACCAAAUACAACGGACGCGAAACGAGGCUUCCUUGCAAAGUUUAAAGCCAUGUCUAGAGGGCGGAGACAGAGUCGGAUCCAGAUUAAAUGUGAAGAGUUGUCUGACGACGACAACAUGGUCGAUCAGUUCGGUACGGUAGACGGCUUUGGCAGACUGCCUGGAGUUUCGAAAAACAAAGCUUAUCCACCUAUUACAAGACCUCCGCCACCUGACACAUCUACCCGGAAACGUCCAACAACUACAGGCCUUGUCAGCGGUUCCGUCGCAGGAACCGCGGCAGUCGCAGGAACAGCCGCAGGAGCAGCCUCAGCCGCAGGAGCAGGUGCCGUGGUUGGAGGGUCAGCCAAUAAAGAAGCUCAGCCUACUGAAAGUGUAAACGGAGGUGUACUAAGUGCUGUGGUUGCCAGUUUGGUGUCCAUAAUAGUCAUCAUGGGAUCCGUGGCCGUCUAUUUCAUGUACAGGAGAAGACAACGCAAUCGAACGAAAACUUCUUCGCGCGGCUCCUUAAAGUCGAACGAUUCCUGGUACAGAGACUCCGUUUACACAGAUCCAGUCUACACAACUCCAAGUCAGCCGCCCGAAAAACCAGCCACGAUUGGAAACAAGACGCCCGACGUUGUCUUGAGUCGAGACGUCGUCCCUGGUUGCGUCGUCAAGGCAAAGCCAGAACAGGCGUCAAACAUGACGGACUUAGAGCCACCAUCUUUACCUCCAAAGGCUCCUCCAAGACGCAAAAAGCGGGACUUGGAUGAUGUCGAAUACGACAAUGCUCCUUUAACAAUGGUGCGCUUAGGCGCUAGCACCUCUGAAGAGAUCAAAGCCGAAAAUUGUUACGAUAACAUAACCGACGUUUAGUUUAGCUUUGUUAGAUAAAAGCUUGGAUUAAUUAAUUCUUAGUGUAGAUAAAUAAAAGGCAUGGCAUCGGGUGCAAAAAAACCCACCCCAAAACACA